UCCCCGCCCUCUACCCCGCCUUCCUCCCUAGUCCCCCCCCCCCCCCCGCCCUGCUCCGGGGCGGUCCUAGCCGCUCACCGCAAGAAGAAAAGCCACCCGUUCGUCCCCCUCCCCUACCUCCCAUCCUUUGCCCAGGAGCUGCCUUGGCAGUCACGCCCCUUCCUUCCGAGGAGCUUUCUGGCUGCCUAAACUGGUAGACCCCCUGAAUUACUCCUCCGUCUCCUCUCUCUUUCGCCUCCUCUUCUCUUAGUUCUCUCCGCCUCCCCCCCCAACUACCACCACCUCCAGUCAGUCUCGCCUCCGACCAUCCGCUGCUCCACCCUCUGGCCCGGUAUCCUGCCUGUCCACUGCCACCAAGGAGAGCCCGGACGGAGCAGCGAGGAGAGGAGCAGCCGGGAGUUGGGGCUUCCCCCCUGCCCAUCCCUGGCCGCUGGCCCGGGACCGAAGCCACUUGAGCGAGCAGAGAGUCGUCACCUUGUCUUCGUUGCCUUCAGGGAGCUGCCGAGAAGGACAAAUAAAAUAGCAGAAGUGAAAGAGCUUUUGUUUCCUUAGAAGGAAGGCUGAGAAACUAAAGUUAAUGUUUUAGGUAUUGGGAUGGAUACAAUGAAAAAUCACACACCCAGCCCAUGCCCUCUAAGAUCUUACAGUCUAGCAACUUCCAUUUCCAUUUCUGGCUCAACCCGUAAUGGUGAUUGCUACCGGGGCACUCAGAAGCUUAAAAGAGUGACCAGUGGUUGGACUCUUGGCGGCGCUUACCCUGAACCUGAGUGUUAGGGGAGAGGGAAUCUGCCGUUGCGGUUUCUGGAGCUGCUCGUAAGCAAGAAUUCCCUAUCCUGAUCAAGGCUUUAAGCCUAAAAGAAAGCAGAAAUAGGUCAAGGGCAGCCCAGGUGCCCAAUUUCUCUCUCUCUUCACAAGGCACCACCAGCAAUAGAGAUGAGAAAUUCUGAAGAACAGCCAAGUGGAGGGACCACAGUAUUGCAGCGUUUGCUACAAGAGCAGCUUCGCUAUGGCAAUCCUAGUGAGAAUCGCAGCCUACUUGCCAUACACCAGCAAGCCACAGGGAAUGGCCCUCCUUUCUCCACUGGCAGUGGGAACCUGGGCCCUCAGAGUGAUGUGUUGAGUCCCCAAGACCACCACCAACAGCUUGUGGCUCAUGCUGCUCGACAAGAACCCCAGGGGCAGGAAAUCCAGUCAGAAAACAUCAUCAUGGAGAAGCAACUGUCUCCUAGAAUGCAGAAUAAUGAAGAACUCCCAACUUAUGAAGAAGCCAAGGUUCAGUCCCAGUACUUUCGGGGCCAACAGCAUGCCAGUGUUGGAGCUGCCUUCUAUGUCACUGGAGUCACCAACCAGAAGAUGAGGACCGAGGGACGCCCAUCAGUUCAGCGACUCAAUCCUGGAAAGAUGCACCAAGAUGAAGGACUCAGAGACCUUAAGCAAGGGCAUGUCCGUUCCUUGAGUGAACGACUAAUGCAGAUGUCACUGGCCACCAGUGGAGUUAAGGCCCAUCCACCUGUUACCAGUGCUCCCCUCUCCCCACCACAACCCAAUGACCUGUACAAGAAUCCCACAAGUUCCAGUGAAUUCUACAAGGCCCAAGGGCCACUUCCUAACCAGCAUAGCCUGAAGGGCAUGGAACACCGAGGCCCCCCACCAGAGUAUCCCUUCAAGGGCAUGCCACCCCAAUCUGUAGUGUGCAAGCCCCAAGAGCCAGGGCACUUCUAUAGUGAGCAUCGCCUGAACCAGCCAGGGAGAACAGAGGGGCAACUGAUGAGGUAUCAGCAUCCCCCUGAGUAUGGAGCAGCCAGGCAAGCGCAGGACAUCUCAUUGCCAUUGUCAACCAGGAACUCUCAGCCUCACAGCCCUACUUCUUCUCUGACCUCUGGGGGGUCCUUGCCCUUGCUACAAUCUCCAGCAUCCACUAGAUUGUCUCCUGCCCGACACCCCUUGGUCCCAAACCAGGGAGACCAUUCAGCUCACCUGCCUAGGCCGCAGCAGCAUUUCCUUCCUAAUCAGGCUCACCAGGGGGAUCACUAUCGUCUCUCCCAACCUGGCCUGAGUCAGCAGCAGCAGCAACAGCAGCAGCAGCACCAUCAUCAUCAUCACCACCAACAGCAGCAGCAGCAGCCACAGCAGCAGCCAGGAGAGGCCUAUUCAGCUAUGCCUCGGGCUCAGCCAUCCUCUGCUUCUUAUCAGCCAGUGCCAGCAGACCCUUUUGCCAUUGUUUCCAGAGCCCAGCAGAUGGUUGAGAUCCUCUCAGAUGAGAAUCGGAACUUGCGGCAGGAGUUGGAAGGAUGCUAUGAGAAGGUGGCAAGACUGCAGAAGGUGGAGACAGAAAUCCAGCGCGUCUCAGAGGCAUAUGAGAACCUCGUGAAGUCAUCCUCCAAAAGAGAGGCCCUAGAGAAAGCCAUGAGAAACAAGCUAGAGGGCGAGAUUCGGAGGAUGCAUGAUUUCAACAGGGAUCUGAGAGAGCGUCUAGAGACUGCCAACAAGCAGCUUGCGGAGAAGGAAUAUGAAGGGUCAGAGGACACCAGAAAAACCAUCUCGCAGCUCUUUGCAAAAAAUAAAGAAAGCCAGCGUGAGAAGGAGAAGCUGGAAGCGGAGCUGGCCACUGCCCGUUCUACCAAUGAGGACCAAAGACGACACAUCGAAAUCCGAGAUCAGGCCCUGAGUAACGCCCAGGCCAAGGUGGUAAAGCUGGAAGAAGAGCUGAAAAAGAAGCAAGUGUACGUUGACAAGGUGGAGAAGAUGCAGCAAGCCCUUGUACAGCUCCAGGCAGCAUGUGAAAAACGUGAGCAGCUAGAGCACCGUCUCCGGACACGACUGGAGAGGGAACUGGAAUCCCUGAGAAUCCAGCAGCGUCAGGGCAACUGUCAGCCCACCAGUGUUUCAGAAUACAAUGCCGCUGCGCUGAUGGAGCUCCUUCGGGAGAAAGAGGAGAGGAUUCUGGCUCUGGAAGCUGAUAUGACAAAGUGGGAGCAGAAAUAUUUGGAGGAGAAUGUGAUGAGACAUUUCGCUCUGGAUGCUGCUGCAACCGUGGCUGCUCAGAGGGACACAACAGUCAUCAGUCACUCUCCUAACACCAGCUAUGACACAGCUCUAGAAGCUCGCAUCCAGAAAGAAGAGGAAGAAAUCUUGAUGGCCAAUAAGCGUUGCCUUGACAUGGAGGGCAGGAUUAAGACCCUACAUGCCCAGAUUAUUGAGAAGGAUGCCAUGAUCAAAGUACUCCAACAGCGUUCCCGGAAGGAGCCGAGCAAGACAGAGCAGCUGUCGUGCAUGCGGCCAGCGAAGUCUCUGAUGUCCAUUUCCAAUGCUGGAUCAGGCUUGCUCUCCCACUCAUCCACCCUGACUGGCACCCCCAUCAUGGAAGAAAAGCGAGAUGACAAGAGCUGGAAGGGGAGCCUAGGCAUUCUCUUGGGUGGAGACUACCGUGCUGAAUAUGUCCCUUCCACACCCUCGCCUGUGCCCCCCUCGACUCCCCUGCUCUCGGCUCACUCCAAGACAGGCAGCCGAGACUGCAGUACCCAAACUGAACGUGGGACGGAAUCGAACAAAACUGCAACUGUUGCUCCCAUCUCUGUUGCUGCUCCAGUUGCUGCUGCCGCCACUGCUGCCGCCAUCACCGCCACUGCUGCCACUAUCACCACCACCAUGGUAGCUGCUACUCCAGUUGCUGUUGCUGCUGCUCCAGCUGCUGCUGCUGCUGUUGCUGCUGCCCCGUCUCCAGCCACCGCUGCUGCUAUUGCUGCUGCUGUUUCUCCAGCUGCUGCUGGUCAGAUUCCAGCUGCUGCCUCUGUUGCCUCAGCUGCUGCCGUUGCUCCUCCUCCUCCUCCUCCUCCUCCUCCUCCUGCUGCUGCUGCUGCUGCUGCUGCUGCUGCUGCUGCUGCUGCUGCUGCUGCUGCUGCUGUUCAGGUUGCUCCAGCUGCUCCGGCUCCGGUUCCAGCUCCGGCUCUGGUUCCAGUUCCGGCUUCAGCAGCGGCUCAGGCUUCUGCUCCUGCUCAGACUCAGGCACCAACUUCAGCUACGGCUGCGGCUCCAACUCCAGCUCCAACUCCAACUCCAGCUGUGGCUCAGGCUGAGGUUCCUGCAAGUCCAGCUACCGGUCCUGGACCACAUCGUUUGUCUAUACCAAGUAUGACCUGCAAUCCAGACAAAGCAGAUGGGCCUGUGUUCCACUCCAAUACUCUGGAAAGAAAAACUCCCAUUCAGAUCCUGGGACAAGAGCCUGAUGCAGAGAUGGUGGAAUAUCUCAUCUAAACGGCCAAAUCAAGAGCUGCAGUUUCUCAGCAAAAAUGCUUUUAAUCAUUUCCCCCUUUUAUUGGUUCUUGUUUUGGGGGUGAGGACAAGGGUUGGGGGGAGGGGAUGUUUUUUAACAGGACUUUUUGUUGGAACAAUGUACUACUUGAGUAAUACCAUGUGAACCACCAGUCUAUUCUGGUAUGCUUAGGGAGUACCUCUAAAGACAGAUUAAUCAGAAUGUGCUCUAAAGCUUAUUGUUUGAAUUUAUACAAAUACUGGGACUGUUAACGGGUGGGCAUACAUCAGUGUUUUCAAUGUGCUUAAAUUUGUUUAAAAUUUCCAUAUUCUAGAUCAUUUUUAAUUGAAGAGCACAGUAUGUGUGGAAGACAGUGUGUAACACGUAGUUUGGAAGUGGGAAGCUGGAGAGAAUUGAGUGUGUGCUGUUUUGUAUAGUUACUAUCCUGUGCAGCAGCCGGAGAAAGCUCUCACCUCAGGCUUAUAAAAGGGAAUAGUUUCAGGAGCUAUGUAAGCUGGAAAAAAGGUAGGGAGUUUUGGGGUGCAGAAGGGUGCUGGAGCUAAUUUUUUCUUCCAAUUUCCCAGCUACCCUGCCCCAGGGAAUUGUGUUUGUCUUCAUUUCAGUGGUGCUUUGGAAAUGGAUUCUUUUGGUUCCCUCCUGGAGGUUCAUACAUUCAUAUAUAUGCUGUGGAAUAAUUUAUGCACUUGGAUAAUUAAUAUAUUGCUUUCAGAUGCUGAGAGAGUACAUUAACUGAAUGAUGCACAACUUCCUCUCUCUUAGGGAGUUAGACCAUCAGAGGCCUUGAUGGAGAGUUGCGUGAGGUGCUAUAUGCAGACUUUCAUGGUCUGUGUGUAGCCAUGAACACAGCUUGCUUGCAUUUAUUAAGACCAAUCAGCUUAGUGUUUAUUUCUUCUACAGCACAGAUUCACUGACUGGGGCUCCAGUCUCAAAUUGCCAAUCAUUUGCAAAAUGAGGAAGGAUCUUUGUUGACAGGUUGAAUGCUUUGAAUUUCUGGUGACUACUUUGAAAUAACUUGUUUUGUGUGUCAGAUUCUAAGCAUAUGUCUUAAAAGACAUUUUUGACUAUCAUCUCCAAGGGAAUAACAUGAGAAACCCAAAGUACUAUGCUGCAGUCGGGGGAGAGGUGGAUUGCAGCAGUAUCCUCAACUACCUCUUCUCACUGUCAGUGACUCCAUCUUGGAAUACCUUUGGGAAGCAGCGGGAAAUGUGCAUGUGGGUAGAGAUCAAAGGAGGCAAUGGUUCCAAGCCUUGCCAUAGGGCUGCCUCCAAGAACACAGAAGGAUGCCAGUUGCCACAGGUCCCUGCCCUGUGUCACCUGUCUGCCCUUCAUUAAGGUGACAAAUCUGCAGAUAGCAUCAUUAAGAUCAGUUUUAAGGGGUAUAGGGAGGGUGAGGGAAGGUGGGGGGGGUGUUAGGUAAGGGUGGGGGGGUAGAGGUUUUGGGAUGUCUUAGUUAGAAACCAGAUUAAUAGAAGAGUAGGCCUGUUAUAUUACAUCAUGAGCCAUAGUGGUGGGAGAGAACUUUAGCAAUAUAGCCCUACCCCCUCAUUUUAGUGAUGAGGAAUCUGAGAACUGGAGAGGUUCAGUGACUUUUUAAAAGUCACACAACACAGCUAACCAUUAUGCCAAUCACCAUGCUUAUUUUGGGAAACUCUUAUCUUUUUUUAAUUCCAUUUUACGAAAAGAUAUCUUCAUCUUCAUGGUCCAGGGAAUAUGUAUCUUGUAAAAUGUCCCUGGCUGGAGUAGCUUGUCCAGUCUUGACAAACUACUGAAUUUCUGUCUUGCCUCUCCUUCAGUGCCUUUUAAAAGGUGUUCCCUUUUCUGAUCUGCAUUACAACAUCGAGUCACAUAAAUGUCCCCCCUAAGAAACCAAUCCCACUUCUUACUAGGAGAUUGGGUAUCUUAGAUAAUCUUUUGGGGUUCCUCUGUGAGUAUAGGAAUGAUAUCUUUCCUAAUUAUCUUCCAAAGGAAUUAUUCUGUGUGUGUGUGUGUGUGUGUGUGUGUGUGUGUGUGUGUGUGUGUGUAGAGAAAGAGAGACAUAAAGGAAGGAUGAUGUGAUUUUCAGCUAGUCCUUUCACAUUUUCAAUAAUGAGGUAAUCAUGUUACAUACACAUUAGUCCUCAGUUAUAAAGUGAAUCUCAGAUAGAAAUUAAAAAUGCAGUUGUGUUAAGACUCUUUCAUACUACCCUUUAGUCGUAAAGAGAAAAAUAACCUCAAAUAGUAGAAGCAGCAAGUAGCAAACUUCAGGAGAGCUACUUUCUAUCCAAAUAAAUAAUUUAAAAACACUUUUCACCUACUCCUUUCAUGGUUAUAACACAUUGGCAGACUUUUUGCUGGCUCUGGAAACCAUGAUUUUAAUCACAUUCUGCAAGGUGACAAAUGUCAUACAUUCCACAUUGUGUGGUAGCCAUCUCUUUAGACUCAUGUGUUUGGGGGAAAGGAAGAAGUUCUUGGUUAAGUACUAUUUUGAACUUUCCAGAACCUAUCUGUCCUCUCAUACCAGAGACAGUUCCUCUCUGCUCAGUUUCCAAUCCCAGAUAAUUUGCUAAAAUAACAUUGUACAUCUAAGAGAGGAAAGAAGUGUAUGUCAGUAUAUUAUGCAGAACAUAGAUAGAGCCUUUUCAGAAGAUCUCCACUAGUUGUUGAUCCAAAAAUUCAACUUUAUGGGAGAAAUCUCAAUUAGCCACCUUUUCACAGUUGUGUGGAUGUAACAUUUGGGGGCUCUUUCUGGACUCCUACCUAUCUGUGCAUUUUACUGGCACCUCAGGAAAGGAGGGUGACCAGGUUGUCUUAGCUUGUACUGCUUGGUGGUCUCUGAGGACCUUCUAAGUCAGUUGUACUCCAAUGUUCCAUGUAUAGAAAAACUUCAUUAGAACAAACUUUACUUGAUAUGAAACUCCUAUUAACAGUCUUUUUUGAAAUUAAAGUAGCUUGAGCUUUCUUUUAAAAUCAUGCAUCUUGAUUGUUGAUUUAAUGAAGGAUUUCCUUUUAAUGCUGCUUUUGAGCUUCAAGGUAAUAGGACAGCAGGAACCUAAAAUAUCUGCCAUCAUCUGCCAUAGGAAAGAUACCCAGAGACCCGUCAUGUUCUGUUUUUGUUGUUACACAGUUGAGUGGGUAUAACAAUUGGAAGAUGAACAAACUGAUUGAUUGUGCAAACUACUUUUUAUGACAAGCCUAAACCCUGAUAAUGCGGCAGCUUAAAGUGUAUACAUAUGCACUAACUUUGAUCAAUUAUAUUCUCAUAUCUGUUAGCCACACAAUCUCCUAUUAUCUCAAUUGCUUAUGCGUAUAUGGAGUAUGUUACUUAAAACAUGUGCAUUCUUACUGAAAAUGUUUUCUAAGGAAGAUAUCAGCUGUGGGCUAAUUGCCACCAAUUUCAGCCUGCCACGAUUCUUGGAAAUGUAUCUUCCAAGUGCCAUCCAUCAUCAGUAGGACAAGUGUCGGGAGUUUGUUUAUUUUUUUCCAGUAGCAACGAUGGGUUACAUGGAGCCAUGAAACCUCCUUCUGGCCUCCCUUGUGAUUAAUGGCAUGUGUUUGUAAAAUGGAUAGCUGGGGUUGGCAGAUGGCUAGAGAAGAAUCGCCUUUGGUUUAAAAUGUAUGUGGUCCCCUAAUGAUUGUGACCCCAUUCUGUAAUCAACUGAGCUAGUUCCAAUAAAGUUAAGCAGGUUUAAAUCCACUUUGUGCCUAUCUUUUCACUGACAAUAAAGUUAGCUAUUUUAAAAUGCA